UGGAACGACGUGCGACAAUUUUCGGGAGCUAGAAACAGAUUUCGGAGAUCCACGUGUUUUUCUCUGCUGUUAGCUAUUUGUCUAUUUCUGCGUGUACGAGCAUUUUGUUUUUGAUUGAUCGAUAACCCGUGAAUUAGGUCGUUCACGAGUCGUGCCCUGAAUAGUGGAAACGCAUAGAAUUCGUGAAAAAAAGGUGGAAAAGAAAUUUAAAAAUUGGUGUUCGAAAACGAGCAUCAGCCGACGUGUUCGACAAUAUUAUAUAUUUUGAGCAACGUCGACGUAUAUAAUGAAAUUGCAGCUGCUCGUAAUCGAAACGGAUUACUGCUGGAGGAAAGCGUUGCUUAGGAUGGUAUUGGACCCCAAGGUCACGAGUCUGCAUAGUGAUUACGGAAGCUUCGAUCGACCAUUGGGCGCCGGAGAGGGCCACGAGAGAGACGUCGAAGCGGCGGUUGAUGGAAGUAGCAACGGGAUGGCACAGUCGAGCGACGUUUACCAACGGCAGCCGUUAUUACCUGGUGCACCAACCAAGGGCAAGGAUAAAUGGGCUGGGGUGGCAUCCGGCUCCGACUAUUAUGUAGACGACGAGGAUGAGAAGAUAGACAGUCUUCGUCGGCAUCCUGGUAUCCCAAAUGGCUCUGGGAACGGUGUCGUUAAGCUCGACAUACCUGCGCCUCUUCGAGAAGAGCCUCGUUUUCCUAAAGAGAAGUGGAAAACCUUUCUUGCAUUUCUGUUCAUGGUCGUGAACUUCAUAUUGACCACUGCGUCCCUUGCAAUGGUGCACGAACGGGUUCCUGAUCGAAAUACAUACGGACCGCUCCCGGAUGUAGUGUUGGACAAUGUUGCCGCCCAGGAUUGGGCCCUUAACGUGUCGGAAGUCUUAAUUAUGAUAAUGUCCAACUCAGCAAUGGUUUUUAUUAUUUUUCAUAAGCAUAGGUUUAUUGUUGUUAGGAGAAUAUUUCUUUUAAUGGGACUGCUGUAUAUGAUGAGGAGUAUCACAAUGUACGUGACGGUACUGCCUGUUGCCAGCAAAACGUAUUUCUGCAGCCCUAAAGCAAACAACACUAGUCCCCUCCUCGUUACGAAAAGGGUUUUGCAGCUCAUUUCAGGCUUCGGCUUGUCUAUAAACGGCAAGCACACUUAUUGUGGGGAUUACAUUUACAGCGGCCAUACAGUCGUGCUUGUACUUAGUUAUUUGAUUAUAAAGGAGUAUUCUCCAAAAAGAUUUCAACCUAUUCAUUGGCUUGCGGGAAUUGCUGUUCUUACUGGGGUAAUUAUGGUCUUGGUAGCUCACGGACAUUAUACCGUGGAUGUUCUCAUAGCAUACUACGUAACUACACGCUUGUGGUACAUUUAUCAUACCUUAGCUAAUAAUUCGCAUCUUAAGCAAUACGAACCAAACAACUUUUUGGCCCGACUCUGGUGGUUCCCUAUCUUUAAAUAUUUCGAGAAAAAUGUGGGCGGCACGGUGCCACGACAAUACGACUGGCCUUUACCCUGGCCUCGACGAUUCCUUGCCAAGCAUCCUAAUCGGGACAGUUAAUGUCUGUCUUUGAUUUCAUGAUAGAGGCUGUCAAACAACGGAGUUACUUUGUUAUAAUUUGUGUAUGUAUAUAAACAUAUAUGUAUACGUAUCUAGACAUACAAAAAUGUGAAGAUAUAUUAGAAAGUGGUGCGAAAGAUAUGUGUAAGUUUCGUCUUUGUCCACGAGUUACAUUCGACCUUUUGUGAUUUGACGAAAACUUGCGGUGUUCAUUUCUUCAAAGAUAAAGUCGACAACAACAAAGAAAAAAAACUGUAAAAUAUGAACGAUAGUGAAAACAAAUGCUUGUACUGUCAUGUUCGUUAUCGUCCAAUCGCGAGAUCUAUUUUGUUUUUGACUUUGAUACGACUUAUAUAUACAUUGUAAGAGGCUAGAUAAACGAUAGAUGAAAAUAUUUAGUCUCAUGAUGAUUCAUGUAGAGAGGGAGAUAUUCGAGAGUUACCAACAAAUUAGUGUAUAAAAUAAAAUGCUAGAUAUCUCUAUUUUCAGAUACUCCGAUGUGAAAUACUUAGAUGUAAAAGAAAAGAAAGAGGAAGGAAGAAAGA